UGGUAGGUACUGCGCAUGCGCUGAGACAAAUAUGGUUGCAAAAAUGAUUGUUACGUGACGGUUUCAUUCGAGAUAAAUUCAGUGUAAACUUUGCAGAAGCAGACGAACGCGGCGGUACAAUGGCAGGAGAAGAGCAGGAGAGCAAGACCAAGGGUUUCCGGCUGCUGGGGAUUCUGGAUGUCCAGAACACUCCGUGUGCCAGAGACGCCAUCCUGCAUGGAGCUGGGGGCUCUCUAGCUGCUGGCCUGCUACACUUUCUGGCCACUAGUCGGGUGAAGAGGUCUUUUGACGUGGGAUUUGCAGGCUUUAUGCUGACGACACUCGGGUCCUGGUUUUACUGCAGGAUGAACAACGCUAAGCUCCGUGUGCAGCAGAGGAUGAUCCAGGACGGCAUCAAGAACAAGGUUGUGUACGAGGGGUCCGUUCUAGACCCAACAAACAAACCUGGAGCGCCAGGGCCCUCGUGACCCUGAUGGGGGAGAAGAGAGGACACCGUCAGGGCCCUACAAAGACAUAACAUUCAGUUGAUUUUUGCUGCACAAAUUGUGGAAGGGACAAAAAAUCCAGGAUGUCUUUUUUUUUUUUUUUUUUUGUGCGGUUUUGUUUUGUCUGACAACGUAGGAUACAGCAAAUCCACAGCAUUGGAUCUCGUAUUCCCCCCCGCAUAUGGACUUUUUGACUGAAGAGUAGGCUGUUGUUCCUAAAUGGUAUCCUGAUCCUGAAACAACAACAACAAUUAUUAUUUAGAAUGUUGUUCCACCAACAUAUACCAAGCUACUGUACAAGUUAAAUUCUCACUCUCCUUUAAAACCCUGUGAUGCAUGACGUGCUGUGAUGAAGUCUGUUCUGGACACAGAUCUACCGCUACUUAGUGACACGUAACCAGUGUGAUACAGCAGACUGCCGUCCGCUGUAUACAGCAUAGAUAUACGAGAAUAGCUCAAAAUGCGUACAGGUAACACGCCACUUGGCUUUAGGAAAGUGGCGUUGGGAACCACUGGCGUAAUGCAUACUGUAACUCUCUCAAAUGCUUUUUAUUUGAAGUAUCGUUAUUCUACAAGUUGGUAUAUUCCACACUUAGCGUGGAAAUGUUCUGACACAUUACAUACGUACACAUCUGUGUGUACGCACGGUUGACAAAUGAGGCCCCUGGAGUGUAAACUGAUUUGACUGUAAGUCAGCCUGGAUAGAUGUGUCUGCUACAUGUCUGUCUUUAUUUAGGUUUGGUUCACAGUUGUCUGACCAGCAGCAGGUGUCACUACAUCCACCCUGUGAUAGUGCCACUCAAUCAGCACCACCAUGCGCCACUUGUGCCCGCCAGUUCAUCUCGUCUCAAGAAUGAACUCAACUUCAACCAUCUCAUACUUGUGUAAAAUGUAUUUUAAAUUGGCCUCGAUUACAACAUAGGUUGACGAGCUUCAUUGUCUUUCCUUUUGAUCUCUGAAGUUCCGCCCUUACUGUAUAAAAAUUGAAUCGAUUUGUGACUUUAAAAAUUGUAAGUCAAAUCAUAUUGUGGAUAUUGAGAAUCACGGAACUUCUAAUAAGGGUUAGGGUUAACAACUGUCUGUUAAUAAUGAAAUUACAUUACAGCAAGUAAUGCUACUAUUAAAACAAUUCUAAGCCUGAA